UCUGACCAGAUGUCUCGGUUGGUGAAGAUUCCGGGCAUCGUGAUCGCUGCCAGCUCUGUGCGUGCCAAGGCCACCAGAAUUGCCAUCGAGUGUCGCGGCUGUCGCAACGUCAUGAACAACAUUGCGGUCCGCCCCGGUCUGGAAGGCUACACCCUGCCACGCAAGUGCAACACGGAGCAGGCCGGGCGUCCCAAGUGCCCAGUGGACCCAUAUUUCAUCAUCCCUGACAAGUGUAAAUGUGUGGAUUUCCAAACUCUGAAGCUGCAGGAAGCUCCCGACGCCGUGCCUCAUGGAGAGAUGCCCCGACACAUGCAACUUUACUGUGACAGGUACCUGUGCGACAAAGUCGUCCCCGGCAACCGUGUCACCAUCAUGGGGAUCUACUCGAUCAAGAAAGCAGGUGCGGGCCGUAACAAAGGCCGUGACCGGGUUGGAGUGGGGAUCCGGGGAUCCUACAUCCGAGUGGUUGGGAUCCAGGUGGACACUGAGGGUACAGGACACGGUCUGUCUGGUACCACAGCCCCACAGGACGAGGAGGAGUUCCGCCAGCUAGCUGCCAUGCCCAACAUCUAUGAGACCAUUGCCAAAAGCAUUGCUCCCUCCAUCUACGGCAGCUCUGAUAUUAAGAAGGCCAUUGCGUGCCUGCUUUUUGGGGGCUCCAGGAAGCGUCUGCCCGAUGGUCUGACACGGCGAGGAGACAUUAACUUGCUGAUGCUCGGGGAUCCAGGGACAGCUAAAUCUCAGCUGCUGAAGUUUGUGGAGAGAUGUUCACCCAUCGGGGUGUACACGUCUGGGAAGGGGAGCAGUGCGGCCGGACUCACUGCGUCGGUGAUGCGGGAUCCAUCCUCUCGAAACUUCAUCAUGGAGGGGGGUGCCAUGGUUCUGGCUGAUGGGGGUGUUGUCUGCAUCGACGAGUUUGACAAGAUGCGUGAGGAUGAUCGAGUCGCAAUCCACGAAGCUAUGGAGCAGCAGACCAUCUCCAUUGCCAAG